AGUUGCAUAUAUCUCAGCAUUAGCUAUCCUACUCCAAGGAUUUCAGUUUGUACAAGAUAUACCAGUAUGGCUGUGUCUCCCGCGGUCACAACAUUGUGUGAGAAUUCAAAUGAAGUGUUUUUAGACGCCGCCAAGUUGUUACUUACAUAUGCGGACAACAUUUUAAGGUAUCCCAAUGAAGAAAAGUACAGAUCAAUCCGCAUAGGCAAUCCUACUUUCUCCACCAAGCUGUUGCCCAUCAAAGGAGCUGUGGAAUGCCUCUUCGAGAUGGGAUUUGAGGAGGCUGAGACCCACCUGGUGUUCCCCAAGUCUGCAUCAGUGGAGCAGCUGAAGCUCAUCAGGGAAUCCAUAGCAGCAGAGAGGGAUCAGAGGCUGCGUGGAGGACAGCCUGUCCAACCAGCUGCUCAGACGACUGUGGCCUCUGCCUCGGCCUCGGCCUCUGCCUCGGCCUCGGCCUCUGCUUCAGCACCAGAGAGCUCUGCUGCUGCCUCCAGCCAGCCAUUUACACCACCUCCACCACAACCAUCCUCCUUGGAGAGCAGUAUGAGCUUCUUUGUGACUCUCCAGUCAAACUUCCAACACGUCAUGCUGUACGAAAACCCUGAGCUGCAGCAGAAAGCCAGGAGCUCCAUCCCUCACCAGCAGCUGUCCUCUGCUGCUGAACACAAGCUCAAAGAGGCGAAAGCGGCAGAUCCAGGAUGUAAACUUGGAAUAGAGGACUUCCUGGUGCUGGAGUUGCUCAGAUGGUUCAAAAAGGACUUCUUCUCCUGGGUGGACUGUCUGCCCUGCAGCCGCUGUGGAGGCCCGACUCAGAACGCCAGCUCCCUCGCUCCCACCACCGACGACCUCCGCUGGGGAGCCCAGCGAGUGGAGAACCACUACUGUCAGAGCUGCCGGCUCUCCACCAGAUUCCCCAGGUAUAACAAUCCUGAGAAACUUCUUGAGACCAGGAGGGGGCGCUGUGGAGAGUGGGCUAACUGCUUCACUAUGUGCUGCAGGGCCCUGGGCCUCGAGGCCAGAUACAUCUGGGACAGCACAGACCAUGUGUGGACGGAGAUUUACUCAGUUUCUCAGCGUCGCUGGCUGCACUGUGACUCUUGUGAGAACGUCUGUGAUAAGCCUCUACUGUAUGAGGUUGGCUGGAGGAAGAAACUGGCCUACGUUCUGGCCUUCUCUAAGGACCAGGUGGUUGAUGUCACCUGGAGGUAUUCCUGCAAACAUCCAGAGGUUUUGUCGAGAAGGACCAAGGUUCAGGAGGCCUGGCUGCUUCACACCAUCAGUGGGCUCAAUGCCUCUAGGCAGCAGUCCUUGAGUCCAGACAGGAAGAAGGAGCUGACGGAGAGGUUGCUUGUCGAACUGGUGGAGUUUAUUUCCCCCAAGAAACCGAAACCAGGAGAGCUGGGCGGGCGCAACUCUGGCUCUCUGGCCUGGAGGAUAGCACGGGGGGAGACCAGCGGGGCUGAGACAGGGGCCUCCAAACAGGCUGAAGGUUAUGUGUUUACUCCUACUGAGAAAGAGAAGAAUGACAGGUUGCUGCAUGUGCGCUACAGUGCCACAAAAGACCAGUACUGUCGGCUGUCCAACAACUCUGAGGUGAUUCAGAGCUGGGAUCAGUGUGUAUGGAGGAAGGAGUCUGUCUUCAGGAAGGUGGAGGAUGACUGGCAGAUGGUGUACAUAGCUCGAACAGAAGGCUCCUCUGUGGGAAGAAUCAGCUGGAAGUUUGAUUUUGCUCCAGCGGGACUGAAGAUAAAGUCUGUCGCGGUCAUGGCCAGUAGCCAGACCUUUCACUCUGGGAAAGUCUGCUGGCACUUGCAGGCAGGCCAGAUCACUACAGAGUUCUCUGGGGAUGGGAAGAUGCAGUCAAUCCAGAGUCUGUCUGGCUCUUCAGAGUGCACUGUUGUAGCAGGACUCAGUGGUGGAGAAGGGGAGACGUCGUGGCAGCACUCUCAGCUCUUCAGACAAAGCUUGAAGGAGACAGAGGAGUCUUCAUUUGAAAUCCUCAUCCACUUAGAGGACGCUUAACAGUUGUUUCACUCAACACUACUGGACCCCUGAUUCUUUUUCAUUGUUGGCUGCUUUGACAAGUUUAGAGAUAAUUGUUUGGAUGAUAGUUUUGUUUCACAAAUCAGUGCAAUAUUUCAAUGUGUGUCAUUCCUUUUAAGAUGAUUAAAUAAACAUGGCCUAAUGAUAGAUGAAUGACGACAUAAAUUUGUACCUAGCAGAGUACAGAUGUUUUCAUACAUUUUAUUUAUUAGCAUUAUUUGACUAAGGGCCAACUAACAUAAUGUGAUGUGCAGUCUACAAUAUACACACCUGUAAAGAGUUUUAACCAUAAAGCCAUAGUUUUUGUAACAGUUGCCCCCUCUGUGAACGUGUCUGUAAAUGUGAUGCUUGGAGGCAUUCCAGGCAGCAGACCAGGGUUGAGGCACAUGUCGGCUGCGGUUGCUCCAGCUCUCCUGCCAGUAAUAAACUGUAAUUAUUGGUGACUGUCAUUUGAUACUAGGCUGCGGUGUUUUCACACCUUGCCAUGCCCAGUUAUAUUCAUGUGUAUAAUUCUAAAUAGAGCAAAUUAAUGUGUGGUGGAAGGGGCUGAAUGUUAGCAAAUAAAGAUAAAGAUAUUUUUGC